AUGCUCCGCACGAAAUCCAACCCCGCUGCUAGGACAAGGACAGGAAGAGCUCAUCCCAAGACCGACCCGCUGUGUACUCGUAAUCUCGGCAUGGUUACACGGCAGUACGAGGACUCGAAGACGGAAUUCCCAAUGCCUAACCCGGUCCCGUGCCCGGACGAAGUCAAGAUGCAGAUGGAUAAGCUACGGCUUCAAUGGGAUGUGCGGGUGUAUAAGAGGUUAGGCGUGGAUGCGGUGUUAGGUAGCUGGAAUAAUAUACCCUGA